AUGCAAUGUUCUAAUAUCAAAAACAUUCUUGUUCUAUCAUUUGGAAUCCUACUUUUGUAUACUGCUUAUAUGGGACUUCAGACUCUGCAGAGCAGUCUCAAUAACAUAGAAGGACUAGGUGUUGCUUCACUAAGUGUAAUGUAUGUGUCUCUCAGUCUUUCUUCACUGUUUCUACCUCCUUUACUGAUAAAGAAAAUUGGAUGCAAAUGGACUAUUGUAGCAUCAAUGUUUUGCUUCAUCUCCUACAGUCUUUGCAACUUCUACCCAAGCUGGCCUACACUUAUUAUUUCCUGCAUACUUGUUGGACUUGGAGGUGGACCCUUGUGGGCAAGCAAGAGCAUUUACAUAACAAUAACUGGAACCAAAUAUGCAGAAGCCUGUGGCAAAUUAUCAAAAGAUGUUGUGAACCAGUAUUUUGGAAUAUUUUUUCUAAUUUGCCAAACUUGCCGUGUUUGGGGAAAUCUUAUUUCUUCUUUAGUAUUUAACCUAACACCAAAUGCAGGUCUGGAAGCACCAAAUCAAACUAUAUGUGGAGCAGGAGAUUGCCCAACAGAAAUGACUCAGUCUGGAAAUGGUACAUCUGGGCGGCCAUCAAAUACUGUGAUCUAUAUUCUUCUUGGAUCUUACACUGGUUGCGGAGUGUUAGCUGUGAUAUUGGUAAUCAUAUUUUUGGAUCAAAUACAAGGAGACAGAGAUGAUAAAGAAGUUAACUGUGGCUCUUCGCUCCUUCUAACAUUUAAGCAUCUCCGAGAUAAAAGACAAUGUCUGCUUAUUCCACUUACUAUGUUUAGUGGUUUUGAACAAGGCUUUAUUGCCAGUGAUUUUACUAAGUCUUAUGUGACCUGCAUUUUGGGAUUAAAGUAUGUGGGCUUUGUAAUUAUCUGUUUUGGUGUUACAAAUUCAAUAUGUGCAGCUAUAUUUGGAAAACUUACUCAAUAUACUGGGAGAAUUCCUUUGUUUUUGCUUGGAGCAACUAUUAAUAUUGGGUGCAUUAUCGGCUUCUUGAUAUGGAAACCAGCAUCUGGCAACUUUGCAGUGUUUUUUAUAAUGUCUGGACUCUGGGGGAUUGCAGAUGCAGUGUGGCAGACACUACUAAGUUCAUUAUAUGGUGUACUAUUUGAAAAGAAUAAGGAAGCAGCCUUUGCCAAUUUCUCUCUCUGGGAAUCUCUUGGAUUUGCCAUUGCAUUUGGAUUCAGCUCAUUUUUAUGCGUGUACAUCAAACUCUACAUAUUAAUGUGUGUUGUUGUUGUUGGAAUUUUGCUAUAUGGAGCUGUGGAAUAUAUAGAACACAGAAAAACAUCUGCAACAAGUGAAGAAGGACCCAAAGAUUAACACCAUACAUGGCCAGGACUAUGAAAUGA